AUGGAAGAGGCAACCCAUAUUAUUGACCCGGAGGGCGAAGUGAUCAUAAUUCUACGAAGUGCAGCCGCUCCAUUUGCGCCCUGGGAUGAAGAGAUUGAUGAAUGGCCUGCUGAUGAACAAACUGCCGAUGAGCCGGCUGUUGCUGAACAACCUGAAGAAGCAAAUACAGAUGAAAACCCGAUAGAAGACUGUGACGAAGAAGGGGAGGCUUCUAAAAAGGGCUUUAGAAGCGAAAGUCAUAUAGAAUCUGGCUGUUAUCGCAUCCAGGUGUCCGCGAAACACUUAAUGUUACCCUCUCCCAUAUUCAAGAGAAUCCUCACUGGACCUUGGAAAGAAAGCCAUCUCCUGACCGAAAAAGGGUCGGUCGAGAUUCAUGCAACUGGCUGGGAUCUUGAGGCCUUCUUGAUUCUGAUGAACAUUCUUCAUUGUCAAACCCAAAAUCUACCUCAGGAAAUAAGUCUCGACUUGCUUGCCAAAGUCGCCGUUCUGACUGACUACUAUGGAUGCCAUGCGGUCAUUAGAUUCCUCGCGAAACGAUGGAUUCUUAUGCUAAACGCAAGCUUUCCCCAAGAAUAUUCCCGUGAUUCGAUGCUUUGGAUGUGGGUAUCCUGGGCCAUGAGACUUGAUUCUCAAUUCAAACAAUCGACAUUACUUGCUAUUACUCAAAGUGAUCGAAUAAUCAGAAGUCUUGGGCUACCAAUCCCAGUGAAAGUUAUUGAUGCAAUCAACAGUCGCAGAGAGGCUAGGAUCGCCUCCAUUCUCUUUUCACUAGAAGAUUUGAGGCAUGACUUUUUACAAGGCCAUCGCGGAUGCUCCUUUGAGUGUAGCUCCAUUAUGCUGGGGGCUCUUACAAAGCACAUGCAUUCCAAUGCUCUGCUUUCUCCAGAACCUGUAGCGCCUUUUUCAGGCUGGAGGUUUGGUGUUAACGAGGACGAUAGCUCAUUCUCAUAG